CCGCCGCCUGCCUGCGCUGGGCGCCAGCCGCGGCUCGGGCCUGAACAAGAGCCGACGGCGGGCGGGCGGGCAGGCGGGCGUGAGCUGCAGCCGGAGCGCGCGGGUCAGGGGCAGAGCCGGUGGACCCCGCAGCCUCGCCCCUUCUUCCGCGCCCGCGUCCUCGGACAUGGUGGCCCCCGGCUCGGUGACCAGCCGGCUGGGCUCGGUGUUCCCCUUCCUGCUGGUGCUGGUGGACCUGCAGUACGAAGGUGCUGAAUGUGGAAUAAAUGCAGAUGUUGAGAAACAUCUUGAAUUGGGCAAGAAAUUACUUGCAGCUGGACAGCUGGCUGACGCUUUAUCUCAGUUCCACGCUGCAGUAGAUGGCGACCCUGAUAAUUACAUUGCUUACUAUCGGAGAGCUACUGUCUUUUUAGCCAUGGGCAAAUCAAAAGCAGCACUUCCCGAUUUAACCAAAGUGAUUGAGCUGAAGAUGGAUUUCACUGCAGCAAGGUUACAGCGAGGCCACUUAUUACUCAAACAAGGGAGACUUGAUGAAGCAGAAGAUGAUUUUAGAAAAGUGCUCAAAUCUAAUCCAAGUGAAAACGAGGAGAAGGAAGCCCGGUCCCAGCUCCUCAAAGCUGAUGAAAUACAGCAUCUGCGCUCCCAAGCUCUGGAGGCUUUCGAGAGUGCCGAUUACGCCGCUGCUAUAACCUUCCUUGAUAAGAUUCUCGAGGUUUGCGUUUGGGAUGCAGAAAUACGGGAACUUCGAGCCGAAUGUUUUAUAAAAGAAAACGAACCUCGGAAAGCAAUAAGUGACUUAAAAGCUGCAUCGAAACUGAAGAAUGAUAACACGGAGGCCUUCUAUAAGAUCAGCACCCUGUACUACCAGCUCGGGGACCACGAGCUCUCUCUCAGUGAGGUUCGUGAAUGUCUUAAGCUCGACCAGGACCACAAGAGGUGUUUCGCACACUACAAACAAGUGAAGAAGCUGAACAAGCUGAUCGAGUCGGCGGAAGAGCUCAUUCGAGACGGCAGAUACACUGAUGCGACCAGCAAGUACGAGUCUGUCAUGAAAACAGAGCCCAGUGUCUGGGAAUACACAGUCCGUUCCAAGGAGAGGAUCUGCCACUGCUUCUCGAAGGACGAGAAGCCCGUGGAAGCUAUUCGAGUGUGCUCGGAAGUCUUGCAGAUGGAGCCCAACAACGUGAACGUUCUGAAAGACCGCGCAGAGGCCUACUUAAUCGAGGAAAUGUACGACGAAGCUAUUCAGGACUACGAGACCGCUCAGGAACACAACGAGAACGACCAGCAGAUUCGGGAAGGCCUAGAAAAGGCCCAGAGGCUCCUGAAACAGUCACAGAAGCGAGAUUAUUAUAAAAUCUUGGGAGUGAAAAGAAACGCCAAAAAGCAAGAAAUCAUUAAGGCUUACCGCAAGUUAGCUCUGCAGUGGCACCCGGACAACUUCCAGAACGAAGAGGAGAAGAAGAAAGCGGAGAAAAAGUUUAUCGACAUAGCAGCUGCCAAGGAAGUGCUCUCAGACCCAGAAAUGCGGAAGAAGUUUGACGACGGGGAAGACCCCCUGGACGCGGAGAGCCAGCAGGGCGGCGGCGGCGGCAACCCCUUCCACAGGAGCUGGAACUCAUGGCAGGGCUUCAACCCCUUCGGCUCCGGCGGACCGUUCCGAUUUAAAUUCCACUUCAAUUAAACCAGCUGUUCUUCUUCCGCGCUUCCUUCCGAGUGUUUGAAAGAUUAAACACGAACCAACCUUGUGUUCCAGGAUCCUAAAGGAAAACGUUUUCCAGUCAUUCAGUUUUUGUCCAUGACCAAAGAGUUGCUUUUGACAGGAGCCGUCUCUGGCCCUCCGCGGGCUCGGCCGGGGGGCCGGCGGGCUGGCGAGGGGCCCAAGGAGGGCUCCUCCUGGCAGUGCUCAGCCCUCUCCCCUCCUCUCCACCGCCCCGCCAGGUGUGUCUAUGCCCGCGGGGCCCUCGGGAAGGGGCGGCCCCGCCGCCGCCUGCCAAGACCCAUUAGGCGAUGGAGCCGCCUCGGACGCCCGGCGCUCUCGGGCCUCGGAGGCAGCCGAGUCCGUCUGCCGGGAGAGCCGCUGCCCAGCGGGUGCUGUGGGCCGCAGGGCUGGGCUGCGGAUGGCGCCGUGUUCGCCACUUCCUGUUGCAAGUUUCCAAGUUUGGUUUUGGUGCCUGCCAAAGAUGACGGAAGACCACGGCGAUAGAAUUACCACCCCCACCCCCACCCCCGGCCCUUCAGUUUAAUGUGAACGCAGUAAAUCAGACACAUAUUAAAAUACUAUGCAGUGGCAUUAAAGAUUAAUACCGUUGCAGCGCAGACUGAAAUAAUUUAACUGGAGUCAGUUGAACACAAUUUCCUGUAACAGGAUUGGCUCAGAAUGUCUAGUUGCUCAGUCGGCAGAACCCCGUCCCCUUCUCACGUCUACGGGACGUCUAGGGCACCCCCCCUCUCCCCGCCCCGCCCCGCCCCGCCGGACCUGCCUCUUUCCAGACCUCGAUGCCUCGAGAUGUUCUUGUGCAGAGAAAAAAACAAACAAACAGGUUUACAAAGCAGCCAGAUCUGCCUGCGCGUCAGUCUCCAGAUAGCGUCUCCUCCUGAGAGACCUUCUUUUCAGAAACGAACUAUUCAAGUCUUUGUAAACUGUGUAAUUUUCCCCCUUAAAAAAAAGUGUUACUUUAGUCAAGAACAUUAAAUAUUUAUGGUACUGUUGAUGCUGCGUUUAGAUUCUAAGAAUUUUCCUUUAGGUAAGAAUCACGACACCUUUAUUCUGGAAAGUUUUUUUUUUUCCUUUCUUUCUUUUUUUUUUUUUUGCCUCAGCAUCUUAAGUAGUCUGGAUCUAAUUUAUUAUUCGUAUGAAAUGGAGCAUUUUGAUUUUCGGUCGCGGGAGGCAUGCUGGCCCCCGGUGUCCGCAACAGCCAAGCACAAAUCCUCUUCUCCUUUCAGUCGUUCUGGAAGCUACGUAGCAGAAACUCCUCAGUGAGACAGAAAUCUCUGGCCAGUUCCUGAUUCAUAGCGACACUCGCGGCAUCUCUCACCGACACCCUUCAAACUGCAUCAGGCGAGACCCCGGGCCCGCCUGCACUUGGUUUCACACCUCAGAUAUCCAGGCCGCUACGGUAAACCUUUUCCCGGGGCCAUCACUGAUUCUCCCCCGGUCGUCAACCUCAUCAGCAGCCGAAGCUCCUCGUUCCAGGCAGUUCUUCCACAGAAGGUGCCACUGGGAGCAUGUCAGGGUCUUCGCCGAGGAGGCGGCCAGCCUGUGUCCACAGCAGGGGGGCCAGAGGGAACGGGGACGGCAGCGCCCGUCUGUCCCUCACCGCUACCCAUGGGCCCCCAUUGCCCUGUCUCCAAAUCUCAUGUGGUUCCACUUGGUGGCUGUCACCGCAUCUCACAGAGCUGCCUGCCUUCAGGGACGAGAAGGAAGCUGUGGUGUCCAGCGCCCGCCAUCUCCCGCUGUCCACGCUGCCCAUAGGGGCACGCCAAGGGCUACGGAGCCCUCCUGGGGCCCGCCAGAAGGACAGCGUUCUGCACAGGAGGGCACAGGUUCCGACAGUGGCGGAGGGGCUGGGGGGCCUCGGGGGAGCUCUCGGGAAAGCCAGUCGGGUGUGCCGGCCCCUCCUCAGACGCUGCCCUGCCUCUGAGGGGAGCACCCGGCCUACGGCUCGAGGCUGUUUCCCACACCAGCAAGUAUUAAGCACAGACAGGGGCCCGUGAGCACGGGGAAGUUGUUGCAGGGAACGGGAGCCGUGGGCUGCCCGUCCCCGGGGAAAACGGAAACUGGCAAACCACGUCGGCAGUAGAUGACUAUGAACUGGGGACAGCCGUCCUCAUUGAGUGGACGCCUUGCCCUGGAGUCAGUAUUUGAAGCUCCAUAGCAGUAUCCAACAGACCUUGGGGACUCUUGGGAAGGGAUAGAAGAAACCACCUGCAGUUCUUUGAGGAACUGUGAUUUGAAAGUGGUUUUAGGCAGAAGAGCUAAUCGAGUCACUGUUUGACGUGAAUCCCAUUUUCCAUUCAUGGGGACGGUGAACGAUGUCCUGUGUAAUGUGUGACGUGGCCCAGCAGGUUGGGGUGGUGUCUGCUUGGCCCCGAUGGGCACCCUCAAGGGCGCCCUUCCGUGCUCGUCAGGGUGGGCGGCCCCGGCACCUGGGGACAGGGUCUUCAGAACCACGCGGUUCCUCGCGGGAGCGGGCUGACUGUGACUGCAAAUGUUAAUCAGUGGGAAUAGUUGUUUUUUUUUUUUUAAUGAUCUCAUUUGCUGAAUGAUUCAAGGAUAAAGCUGGCCACUGCGUGGCUCUGUAAGGAACAGGGUUUGCUGCUGUGGCCUGUGGCUGACCCUCUUCCCUGCUGGGACAGCUAGCUGCCCGAGGAGGUGGCCCGGGAGAUGGGGUGGGGUCAGCCGAGGCUGCUCCCCGCCCCCCAGACGAAUCAGCCGUUCCUGCCCGGCUCACGGGCGCAGUCAAGGAGCUGAACGUGAGGGGGGCUCAGGCACGUCUGCAGAUAUGGGUACUAUUUUUAUGCCCAUGUAUUUUCACAUUUAAUAAAAAUAUUUAUGAUCAAAUCAG